CUGAGGAGGGAGCCAGCGGGAGGCAUAUGUCUUUCGGAGAACACUAAAAUCUGUGUCCAGAGGACUCGCAGGAGACUUCAGAUAUGGAGCUAUCACAUGCCAAGCUGUGGAUAAGAAGAAAUCAAAUCUGCGAGUGAAGUUUAUUUUUCGGAUGUGGUGGCAACUUUGACAAAGAUCAGACUUUGCUGCUCGUGUUCCUAAUUGUUUGACUAUCUGGAGACGGAGGGUGUGGUACCAAACUCCGACCUCAUCUGCUGGUGAGAGAGCUCCUUCUUUGGCCACCAAAUAUCUUUUUCUACUUGGAUCUCAUUGGAUGUGUUGAUAAGACCUAGAGGAAGAGUUACCAGACUUCCCAUGGAUCCAAACAUCCAGGGGUCUUUCCUGUUUAACAACAGCCUCAACCAGUUCCCCUCAGACAUCAAGGCACCAGUGUGCCAGUACUCAAUGCCCAACUCCUUCUACAAGCUCAGCCCGGGCCUGAACAGCCAGCUGCAGCCAGGGACGCCUCAUGGCAUCAGUGACAUCCUGAGCCGCUCCAUGGUUGGGGUGGGCUCCUCGGGCACCGCCACCCUGCUGCCCGGAUACUCCAGCAUGGGGGGGUUCAGCCCCUCUGUCACCAGCACUUCCAUGUACUACAAUCGAGACUACAAUUCCUCACUGGGCGGCUUCUCCAAACCCGGCGCUGAGUGCCCGAUGAAGAGUCGCAGUGUAAACUGCUGGGCAGAAAGCAGCUGUGAGUGGAGAGGAGGGAGGCAGCAGUGCACCAACAGCAGUGGUCCUUUUGGGGAGAUGUCCAGCAGGAAAAAACACACCAGACCGACAUUUAGUGGACAUCAGAUAUUUGCUCUGGAGAAAACUUUUGAGCAGACAAAGUAUUUGGCAGGGCCAGAGAGAGCGAGACUGGCUUAUUCUCUGGGGAUGACUGAAUCACAAGUCAAGGUUUGGUUUCAGAACCGGCGCACCAAGUGGAGGAAGAAGAGCGCCUCUGAGCCCAGCUCCACACAGACCAACCACUCGGGGCCGGCCGGAGAGGCCUCGGAGAAUGAGGUGGAGGACGAGGAGUACAACAAGCCUCUAGACCCCGACUCUGACGACGAUAAGAUCCGAUUGCUGCUGCGCAAACACCGCAGGGCUUUCUCUGUCCUUCGCCUCGGGCCGCACCACAUCUGAUGCACUUCCUGCAGGCUAUAGGCUACACAGGCACACACAGAGACACACGUACAGGCAUAAAACUCUCUCAGCACAUAUGCAUGCUGUAAUAAAUUUCAAACUAGUUUGCAAUACGUUUAACUGCUGAGCUGUUUCGCAUGAUCGGAAAAGGCCCGACAAAAAACAUUAAAAGGUCGAACUGACGCAGAGUCUUUAAAAAGUUACUGUAAAAAAUCGAUAUCUCUGGCUUGUUACACAGUUACUUAUGUCACAGAAAGUAACCUUAAGUUAUUCCUGCACUCCACCUUUGAACAGCUGGGUCGUUUUCAGUUAUGCGUAUUUCAAAAUAAAGCUCUUCUAAAUCCUUGUGUGACUUGCAUAAUGCUGUCGAAAUGCUUUAGUAAACUCUAUAUACCAUAAAACACUAAGAUCACAGAGCCUUCGCCCCUAAAGUAGACGCUAAAAUUAAAAGGCAGUGUGAAUUUUCUGAAUUUACGUUUGAGUAUAAUUUCCCAGAACAAGGAGAUUUUCCGUGAUCGUUACAAAAAGGCCAGAGAAGAGAAUGCGUGAUCAUAUGACACGCAUUCUAACGUAUACGGUUUCCAACAAACUAGAAAGGUAGACUUUUUAAAAGUGGGGGUGGGGGUGUGAACAAUAAAAGGUAAGCAGACAGUGCUGACGUGCUGUAAAGUGUUUUAAUCGUCUACAGUUUGUUUGCUUUAAUUACAUUUUGGCUUGCAGUUGGCUCAAAUCCAGGUCUUUGACUUUGCUUUGUACUCAUACUUACUUUUUAACCACACUGUAAAAAUAUCAAGGUGUAUGAUAUAAAAAAACAUUACCGUGCACAUUAAAUUAUUAUUAAUUAUUUAUCAGACAUGUCUUUUUUGUCUUUUGUAAUGUGAAAAAUCAAACUUAAAUGUAGACAAUUUGGGUCUUGAGUUAUGCUGAUGUGGUAGCUGG